UGGGCCCGGCUCGCUGUUGACAAAGAUCAGAUCCCCGAAUGAUAUCGCUGACACCCACCAAAAGGGCUCACAACAGCUCCAAAAGUAACUCAGAUUGGAUCUUUCCAACAGGAGACCAUCUACAGGUAUCGGUAUCAAGGUUUUAGCAUAGCCUUCCAAACUACCAAUAAAAGUCAUCGCCGCCACCAUGGUUUCAUCCCGCUUUCACAUCAUCCAGUUGCUAGCAUUGACAGUGACAGUCUGUCGGGCCUUUUUGGCCCCCACCACCCCGGCCCGUUCUUCCGCUUUAUUGUCCGCGGCGUUGGAAUCGUUGGACCCCAAAGAAACUGCCGUCGUCUUGGUCGAAUAUCAAAAUGAAUUCUGCACUCCCGGAGGGAAACUACACGAUGCCGUCAAGGAAUCCAUGGAACAGACCAACAUGCUCGAAAAUUCCAGCAAAUUGCUACAAGACGCACGAGAUACCGGAUGUACCAUUAUUCAUCUGCCCAUUGCGUUUGAAAAGGGACACAACGAGAUUGCCGACACACCCUAUGGAAUAUUAGCAGGAGUCAAAGAAGGAGAAGCAUUUACACAGGGAGAAUGGGGCGCCGAUUUUGCCGCACCCAUGAGGCCAGCUCCCAUGGAUAAAAUUGCCAAGGGAAAAUCAGGACUCUGUGGAUUCUAUUCCACCAAUCUGGACUUUUUGCUACGACAAGGAGCCGUCAAGAACAUUGUUCUGGGUGGCUUUCUCACCAAUUGUUGUGUCGAAUCCACCAUGAGAACGGGAUAUGAACACGGAUACAAGGUCUACACUUUGGAGGACUGUUGUGCGGCAACCAGCGUUGAGGCGCACAAGAAUGCAUUUGCCAAUGACUUUGGCAUGUUUUCCGUACCUACCAAGAGUACAGAAGUUAUCAGUGCCUUGAAGGCUUCUUCUUCCGUCCAGGCAUAGAAACCACACGACAACAAGCCCAAAAACUAGGUCGAAUGUUUUACUACUACAGUAGGUUUUAGAGUACUAACCUACCUGAUACGGUAGGUACCAUACCAGGUAGUGGAAACUAGUGGCCUUGCCGGUUUUGCCAACUGAAGUAUAAGAGCCAGCUACCGUUCGUACUGAUAACUCCACGAAAAGGAAAAAUGCAAGCUCCUGCCACCCGAUACCAAAUGCUACAUUAUGCCUCACUUUGGACCACCGCUACAUGUAGCAUAACAAUGGCUUUUUCAUUAAUUAAAUAGGGCACCCAUUAUCAAUGGCCCACUGGAAGAUUUCCCAAGGCUCUGCCGCACGUGCAUCUAGGGCUGUUUGUUGGUCCCAAGGGCACCCAUGCUCACGCGCCCAUUUCAGGAUAUUCAAGUGGCCUUUCUUAGCAGCAAAAGCACAAGUGUCUUCAUUCCAUGGACAUCCAUUCUCAUGGGCAUACUUCAAAAUUUCCAAAUGCCCCCCCUCAGCAGCAUGGCUGCAUGUGUAUUUGUCCCAAGGACAGCCAUUCUCAUGUGCAUAUUUCAGGCAUUCCAAGUGACCACACAUGGCUGCAGAGGCACAUGUCCAUUUGUCCCAUUGACAGCCAUUUUCAUGGGCAUACUUCAAAAUUUCCAAAUGCCCCCCCUCAGCAGCUGCCAUGCAUACGUCCUUGUCCCAAGGACAUUCCUUCUCGUGUGCAUGUUUAAGAAUUUCCAAGUACCCACCUUGAGCAGCAGAGGCACAAGUCUGGCUGUCCCAUGGACAGCCAUUUUCAUGGGCAUACAAAAUGAUUUCCAGGUGGCCACCCCUUUCAGCGUUCGUACAGACUCCCUUAUCCCAUGGACAGCCAUUCUCAUGCGCGUGUUUUAGAACUUCCAAAUACCCACCCUGAGCAGCAAAAACACAAGUGUCUUCAUUCCAUGGACAUCCAUUCUCAUGGGCAUAUUUCAAUACAUCCAAAUGACCUCCCGCAGCAGCAUAUUUACAUGUCAAAGUAGUCCAAGGACAUCCAUGUUCAUGAGCAUA